CUUCCGUUCGCACUUUGAUUGCUGUGGCUGCGAAUAGGUCAUGGAAGAUUUCUCAAAUGGAUGUGAAGAAUGCCUUUCUUCAUGGCGAUCUGCAUGAGGAAGUUUAUAUGCAGCCAUCUCUGGGUAUUGAGGUUCCACCAGGUCAUGUUUGUCGCCUUCGAAAGGCUCUUUAUGGGCUCAAGCAAGCCCCUCGUGCCUGGUUUGAGCGGUUCAGUUCAGUGGUUCAAGCCGCUGGUUUUUCUCCUAGUGAGCAUGACCCUGCACUCUUCAUUCAUACAUCUAAGCAUGGUCGUACAUUACUUCUGCUUUAUGUAGAUGACAUGUUGAUCAUUGAAGAUGAUGUUGGGUAUAUUGCUUUUGUUAAAAAGAAGUUGAGUGAGCAAUUCAAGAUGUCAGAUUUGGGGCCUCUCAGUUAUUUUCUAGGAAUUGAGAUCGAGCACACAGAUGAUGGUUACUAUAUCUCCCAACAAAAGUAUACUCAAGAUUUGAUUUCUCGCUCGGGUAUUACCGACUCACGCACUGCUGUGACACCCAUGGAGAUUCAUCUGCAGUUGCGUCCUACUGAUGGCACUCCACUUGAGGAUCCCUAUCGGUACCGUCACAUUGUAGGCAGUCUGGUGUAUCUUACAGUGACAAGGCCUGACAUUGCUCAUGCAAUCCAUAUUCUCAGUAAAUUUGUCAGUGUUCCUACCUCAGUUCAUUAUGGCCAUCUACUUCGAGUGCUUCGAUAUUUAAGGGGGACUGCAUCCCGCCGCUUGUUCUAUGCUCAUUCGAGUCAGCUGCAGCUUCAUGCUUAUUCCGACUCCACUUGGGCAAGUGACCCAGUCGAUCGUCGCUCUAUCACUGGCUAUUGCAUAUUUCUUGGGACGUCUCUUAUUGCAUGGAAAUCCAAGAAGCAAACUGCAGUGUCAUGCUCUAGCGCUGAGACAGAGCUUCGGGCACUUUCUACUACGACAUCUGAGAUUGUGUGGCUUCGUUGGCUAUUGGCUGAUCUUGGUGUUCCAUGCCCUACACCCACAACUCUUCUUUGCGACAAUACUGCUGCCAUUCAGAUUGCUAAUGAUCCAGUGAGGCAUGAGCUGACCAAACACUUGGUGUGGAUGCCUCCUUCACUCGAUCUCAUUGCCAACAAUCAACUAUUAAUCUCCAGUAUGUCCUAUCAGAGCUUCAAGUUGCAGAUUUCUUCACAAAGGCUCAAACUAGAGAUCAGCAUAGGUUUCACAUUUGCAAACUCGGUGUAUCAGAUGCUACUGACCCACCUUGAGUUUGAGGGGGGGUGUUAAGGGAGCACCCUGUGUACACAUGUAUAGGCUGUAGUCCAGAGCCGUGUAAGGCCCAGGCCCAUGUAACCCUCUACUUCUAGCUUCUUCCUCUCCAUACAGAAACUCUGCUUUUUGUCUAUCUUUCACAAUAUUGAACAGAGCUCACCCUGGACUUCUGGACGUUCCCCAGCGGCACCGAGGUCGUUCUUCCCCGCCUCAGGACUCUCACCAUGGUAAGGAUUGGCACAAGCGAUCAGGAUCUGGAGUCCUUGAUCGCUGCCAGCCCUGUUCUGCAGUCCCUUAGGCUCAUCGUCAAUAGCCCCAAGCACGUCUGGCUCCGCAGCAAAAGCCUCAUGUGCGCGCUCGUUGGGCUAUCCACGGUGGAGGAGUUGACCGUGGUGGACACGCCGCUCCUGGCGCGGCUUUGCUUGUUCGUGCCUCGUAAUGGUGUGAGGAUCAGGAUCGUUUGUGCUCCCAACCUGCGGGCGCUCGGCUACCUGGACACAAGAGUUCUCAAGCUGCAGAUUGGUGACAGCGUCGUCAGGUCAGACAGAAUGGUGAGCGCAAGCACUGUAGUUCCAAGCGUCAAGAUAUUGGCGUUGACUGUGAAUUUUGGUGUCUUCGAGGAGAUCAAGAUGCUGGCCAGCUUCCUCAGAUGCUUUCCCAAUGUUGACACGCUGCAUAUCGAGUCUGCACUGCAUGGUCCAUCUGUAACUGCUAACGAACCCACUUGGGAGCAUCAUGCCAAGUUCUGGCAGGAGAUCAGUCCAAUCUUUUGCUUGAGAUCACAUGUCAAGAAGAUGGUUAUUCACGAUUUCCGAGGGGAUCAAAAUGAGUUUGAAUUCCUCAAGUUCGUCGCCAUGAAUGCCGAGGAGCUACAGUCCUUACUGGUU